AGCCGAAGAAGUGAGAAAAAAGGAACGCGAUGGGAAAUUGGAUACUGGUUCCGACAAUUUUACCGCCUCUCCUCCUGGGUCCCUUCUUCCCACCGGACCUCUAAUGGAUGCCGCAAAGCUAUGCAAGGUAAUCGAAGGAAAAACGUGGUUGAGACAGAGGACACGAUCCAUUUGGAGAAUUUGGCAGCUGUCGGUCUCGAGCUUUGGAGCUGAACUUUGGAACCCGGUCUCGUCAGUCGGUUUUCGGAAGUGGCCAAGACAGGAAGUGCGCGCUGUUCGGGUUGUUGAGGUUAGGUGGGUGUUUCUCAGGAGCCAUUCAGGCAAGAAGAACGAAUCCUAUCACGGCGAGAAGAGAAUGAAAAUUUGAAGCUUUCCCAGAUUUUCCAGUGUGUGUGAAUGUGUGAGCUGGUUCGUUCUGUUUUUGUUUCCUUGAGACGGCAGACGAUUCGGGGAGUGAAGUUUUUAUGUUGUGCGAAUAAUCGACUCAGCAUUUUUGAUUUCAUACAUUGCCAGUAGUGAGUUUUGGUGGGAUAUUGUUGUGCAGGUGUAAAAGUGUUGAUUCGUACAGUGUAUUUCAUUUCGAUGAGUCAUAAAUUGGAGAUAGAAUCGCCUUACUUUAUGCCAACAGAUAAGUUAUCCCACGACGAGGGAGCUUUGGAAGAAAGUAAAAGUUGACUGACACAGAUUCCUCGAACUGAAGCAACGAAGUCUCAAAUAUCAAAACAUAACAAUCAUCCAUCGAGCUAAAUUUGAACAAAAAUACUGCCUAUUCUCAAAGGGACCACCGUUUUGUAGUACCAUUUUUGGUAGGACCCUUUUUUUUAAGUCAGAAGAACACUAACUUUCCGUCAAAAUUGCGGCCCCAGCAGCGGCUGCAGCGGUCGUGGUGGCCAGACCGAUCAAAAUGCGACUGAAAAGUGCCGGCAAAAGUUUUCGCCGGCACAAGGCCAAACACGCUCAGGAUUUUCCCCAGCCAUGCGAGGUGACGGAGGCAUCCCUGGAGCUAUGGCGCACCCUGCCGCCCAAGAUCCGGCAGGACCCCAGUAUGGUGUCCUUCCAGCAGGUGGAACUGGAGCAUGCCCGGCUGCACGGUGACGAUCACGAAGACUCCUUUCCGGAGAUCCAGCAGCUGGAGUACGAGGUUGAGGAGGAAGAGGAGGAUGAGGACGACGAUGAUGAUGACGACAACGGCAACGAGUUCAUCACCAUCAAUGUCACCAACGAGCAGGGCCAGCAUCGCGAAGUGGAUCACAUCAAAGAGAAAAAAGACAUCCCGAAGCCGCAUGUUCAUCACUUGGCCGGUCAUUACAUUGGUAACAUAACCCCACCGAAACACGAUGACCUCAACGAUACCGGCCAAAAUCACUCGGAUGAGGACAAUCCGUUCCGAAAGUAUACCAAGAUUAUCUGCCUGUUCAUCACCUGGAUGGUGAUAAUCGGUUUUUUGGUGGUCAAAGAUGAGAAGCUGAUUCAUCCGAAGCAUUUGUCAGUUCCGGAUGGUCGAACUCGAUCUUAUGUGCUGCCGAAAGUUCCGUUGAGCACUCGGGUGAGAUUUACGUUUGAGGGAACCUUCCUCGGGGAACCGUACACCAACAUUACAGUGAACUAUUUGACAAUCUAUCUGCAAUCAAUGAGCUCCACAUUGGAAGGGAAUAUGACUGAAGAAUCGGUACCACCGAAUGCGAUUCAUAACAUCAGCGAACCUUGGCACAUUCCCAUAGUUCACCCGUAUCUGUUCGAUAGUGCACCGAUCCUGAAGAAACAGCACAUUUUCGAGAUGAGUGAUAGUAGCUAUGAGCGGAUUCACGAGGAAAAGGCUGCCGUUCGGCUGAUGGUCAAAAGCAACAUCAAGGCUCCGAUGCCAAUUUCGGUGCAAUACGAUCAUGCUCCGGUCAAACGAGACGUCGGGGUGAUCUACGCCGCUUUCGUCCUCAUAUUCCUGUACGCCCUGAUCGUGUGGGAAAUUGUCCAUCGAACGUUUGCUGCCGUCAUCGCAUCGACGUUGGCCAUUUCGAUUCUGGCAGCCCUGAACGAUCGACCCACGAUGGAGGACAUCGUGGGGUGGAUCGAUGUGGAAACCAUUCUGCUGCUGUUCUCGAUGAUGAUCUUGGUUGCGAUCAUGGCCGAAACGGGAAUUUUCGACUACGUGGCUGUGUGGAUCUAUAAGAUCACCAACGGUAAAAUAUGGAAUCUUAUUCAUUGUUUGUGUAUAUGUACGACGUUGAUUUCCUCAUUUUUGGAUAACGUGACAACGGUGCUACUGAUGGCUCCAAUCACUAUAAGGUUAUGCGAGGUGAUGGAUAUGAAUCCUGUGCCGGUGCUGAUGGCGAUAACGGUUCACGCCAAUAUCGGAGGAACGAUGACCCCGGUUGGGGAUCCUCCGAAUAUCAUUAUCACCUCGAACCAGUACAUUCUGAAACACGGUGUAACAUUUUUGACCUUCACCGCCCACAUGAUGGUGGGCGUAAUCAUCGUCGUGAUAGCAACGAACAUCCACCUGCGGUUGAAGUACCGCAACAUCAACAACCUCCGCAUGCACGAACCCAAGGAGCUCAAAGAGCUGCGCCGUAACAUCAAGGUGUGGGAACGAGCAGCAGGGAAAAUCCCACCUUAUUCCAAAGAUGCCAACAUUGUACGCGAAACUUUGAUGAAGAAGGUCCAUUUGCUGAGGCACGAACUAAAGAAAAAGAUGACCAAGGGUUGCGUCCCGGAGGAGCUGUACCGAUCGACUCUGGACGAGUUGCAGAAGGAACAUCCGAUCAAGAACAAGGGGCUGCUGAUCAAAUCCGGGAUCGUUUGUGCGUUCAUCAUAUCGCUGUUCUUCCUGGAGUCGAUCCCGGAACUGCGCCGACUUUCUUCCGGGUGGGCUGCCCUUCUGGGCGUAGUUCUUCUGUUGAUCAUUUCCGAUAAAAACGACAUGGACGCCGUGCUGUCCCGCAUCGAAUGGCCUACGUUGCUGUUUUUCGCGGCCAUGUUUACCCUGAUGGAAGCGGUCGAAAGGAUGGGACUGAUCGAUUGGAUUGGCCAUGCCACGGAAUCGAUUAUUCUAUCGGUAUCGGAAGAUCUUCGACUGGCGGUUGCCAUCAUCAUCAUUCUCUGGAUAUCGGCUCUGACAUCGGCCUUCGUAGAUAGCAUACCCGUUACGGCCAUGAUGGUGAAGAUAGUGGUUGCCCUGUCGGAGAAAUCUUCCCUGGGACUGCCACUGCAGCCGCUGGUUUGGGCAUUGGCUUUCGGUCCCUGUUUGGGAGGCAACGGAACCCUUGUGGGAGCAUCGGCCAAUGUCAUUUGUGCUGGAAUAGCGGAACAGCACGGAUAUCGGUUCAGUUUCAUGGACUAUUUUAAGCUUGGAUUUCCCAUCAUGUUAGUUAGUGUUAUUGUGACCACCGGAUAUCUCAUUAUGGCCCACGUUGUCUUUGCCUGGCAUUAAGCGUAUGGGUGCCCUCUCUCUCUCUCUUAAGGAUGAGACCAGUUAAAAACUGAAAAAUUCAACUGAUGUAACUGAAAAAAACCUUUCGCCUUUCGAGUGAAGAAUUCCAAGAAAGAGGAAUAAAACGAUUUAGGAAAAAAGUCUUUGAGCUAAAACUAAAAAAAAAACCUUUGUAUUUAUUUUUCAGUUAAUAUACAUGUUCUCCAAAUCUACAUAAACUACGAUAUACAAACCAAACCAUUGAAUGUAGUGCGUGUUUUUCAAAUUCUCUAUUUCUCCAUCUCUAUUGUCUACAGGUUAAGUUAAGUUCAAAGAAUAAACUUUUGAAACGAAUCUAUCUGUAAAACAUUGUAAUUUUAGAAUACUAUGUACUACGAAAAAUAAAAUCACUGUUUCUGUCAA